AUGGGUAACGAAUACAAAUGCAAUAAUAAUCCUCAGCAGCAGCGCUAUAGCAGCUUCCUCCUUCCGAUGCUGUGUCGGCUUUCCAUUAUCAGAGAUGUUAAAGUAGUAAAGCAAUGCAAAGAUCCUUCUUCCCCAAAAGUGAGCUGUAUGGGACAAGUGAAGAGACGAAACAGCAAGAUCCACGUUGGCUUCCCAACCGCGGGCCCCAUCUCCUCCUCCAAAAACCACACAAAGCUCAACAGCUUUUUCUCCGGAGACGGUGAAUAUAGUUGCAGGGAGUUGUUGAGGAGGAAUAGGAAUAGGAAUAGGAAUAGGAAUAGGAAUAGGAGUGCAAGAAAAGUGAAGAUAAGCGAGUUAGAUCCGCCGUUGCCGGUGGUGCAGCAGCAACCACCGGGAGGCCAAGUGAAGAGUUUAUGGAGUAGAAGAAGAUCCUGUGGGGCUUCGUUGAAGACUUUGGAGAUUCAUUAUAUUUACUCUUUACCCAACAACAAUCAAAUCAUCCAUCCUACUCCUUUGUAA